AUGGCAUCCACACGUCGUCGACCCAACAACAACGAUAACAACGACAACAACGUUCUGAUUGAGGAGAGCUCUGACCAGGAACCCACUGUGGACGAAGACCUUUUGAUGGCUCAGCGCUCCUUUCAUGGGCCUUCCAACAACAGCACAUAUGCAAGAACGAACGCCCAUAUGACGACGAGAUAUGAAAUUUCUACUGGGAAACGAAUUGCCGCAUCCAACCAAUCGUUGCGGAUAUUGGAUUUCCCAGAGACUUUGGAAUCCAUCGAGGACAAGGCCUUUUACAACUGCUGGUCGUUGCGCAAGUUGAGAAUUCCUCCAACGGUCCAUUCCAUUGGAGGGAGCGCCUUUGCAAACUGCUGGGAACUCCGUUCGAUUGAACUUCCCGAACGAAUCGAAGCAUCGAAUCAUAGCACGACCGACAAUCUAGCUGGCGACUGGAGCCGCUUUCUGUGGAAACUUGGAUUGUGCUUUCACGACGAUUCUUCUGUGGCCAUUCAGGAUGCUGCUUUUAAUUUGUGUCAUUCUCUUCGGAACAUUGCCCUUCCUCAAUCGAUGGACAUGGAAGUCCCAGUCACAGCCUUUGUGGGAUGUGCCGAAUUGAAAAAGCACUAUCCACAGGAAGAAGAACUAAUGGAAGCAUUGAAACAUCGAUUUGAUGGAUUGCAGAUUCACAAACUCUGUUAUUAUCAGUCUCAUUAUCCGCAAGAAACCACGAUUCGCAAGCUGAAAAAGGCCAUUGCUUGGGAACGGGGCAAACGGCAGCACAAUCUAGCAAACAAGCACUGUCAUGAUGGUUGCGGUGGAGGCGUCUUUGGUGGUAAAAACCAGAACCUUCUCCAUUUCCCAUGGUCUGGAAGUCCUUUUACUCCUAGACUGGAAAACAUUGACGCUCCGCAUAUAGGCAGCCAACAAGAUGCCUUUGGAAUGACUCCCCUACACAUUUUGGCAUGUUCUGUCCAUCAAUCGUUGGAUCUAUAUCGGCUGCUUAUUGAUUACAAUCCGACUGAUCUAAUUACCAAGGACAAGUGGGGAGACUAUCCACUCCUAUAUGCCUACCAGACCCAUGCACCAUUGGAAAGCGUCUUGUUGUUGUUACACAGUCAAAAGCGCAUCUUUCCGGACCACAAGAUUGAAUGGGUUCCCAUGAUCAAGAAAAUGUGUGUCAACCAUGCAUCAGUGGAAUCCAUUCAAAUGGUCUUUCAAAGUCACAAAAUUGUCUUCGCCGAAGAGGACGAAAGUGAGCGGAAAAAGGACGAAAAUUGCAUCAAUCUCCGACUUUGCAUUCAAGACAGAUUUUGGUUUUGGAAAUUGGUUUCCUUUCCCGUUCUUCAGUUGCUUGUCCAAUACCAGGAUCGAAACUUUUCCAACGAGGCCAUUUUAUGGGACCCUUUAGUCGAACGACUGAUAGCCUCCCCGCAUUGGUUGAAGGAUCUUUCCAUGGACAAGAUUGUCUUUUUAUUGAACAAAGGGACUGCCGGCCGUCUGGCUAUUCUAGGACUGGAGGCUUGGAAGGACGAAGUCAUGGCCAAGAUCAAUAACACCGACCUUACGUCCCUAUACCUGUCGUUUGCAGAGAAACGAUUCUAUGUGAAAAGCGUCUUGGCGCAGUUGAGACACUUUGAGCUGCGUGAAAUGGCUGCUUUGCUCGAAUUGGCCAUGUGGAACAAGGAAUUGAUGAAUUAUCAGCAACCAAAGCCGCCAAAGGUACAUGAGGUCAACCAAGACUUGGAAUUGAGACAGCAAUGCCUUGUUAGUUCUGGAGCAGAAGUCGUCAUUGCUAAUGUCUUGCCACAUAUUGCCAAGAGUCCAUCCAAGUUGGCAAUGCAGAGAAGUAGUCGACUCGGAAGCAGCAGAGCGAGAGGAGGACGGGGGAGGCGACGACGACGAAUCGUUGAUUAUGUCAUGAAUGAAGUAUAA